AGUGCCCCGGAUGAACGGCGGUCGCCAUUAUUGAACGUACGAAGUGGACUGUUCAUUGCAUUUUCGUCGGAUGAACGAUGCUGAAGCUGCUGCCGAAAUUCCUCUUGCUGGCGCUGUUGGCGCUCCCAGCGAGCCUUCUGCUGAAGGGGCCUGUAGUUGCAGCGCAGGAUGCAACGGAAGACGAGGAGGCUGCAGAGGAUGUGAUUGCUGAAGAUGAAGAUGAUGAAGCAGAAGUUGAGGAUGAUGAUAAUACAGAACUGACUGAAGAAAAAGAGGAAGACCUUCCUUCAGGAGAGGCAAAGGCAUCUCCUAAUGCUGACACCACUAUCCUGUUUGUGAAAGGAGAAGAUUUCCCUGCCAACAACAUUGUGAAGUUCUUGGUUGGCUUCACCAACAAGGGCAGCGAAGACUUUGUGGUGGAGUCCCUGGAUGCCUCUUUUCGGUACCCACAGGACUUCCAAUUCUACAUCCAGAACUUCACAGCCUUGCAGCUGGGCACUUUGGUGUCACCACAGCGGCAGGCCACCUUUGAGUACUCCUUCAUCCCUGCAGAGCCCAUGGGUGGGCGUCCCUUCGGCCUGGUCAUUAACCUCAACUACAAAGACAGCACCGGAAAUGUGUUCCAAGAUGCUGUGUUCAACCAAACUGUGACCGUCACUGAAAAAGAAGAUGGUCUGGAUGGAGAAACCAUCUUCAUGUACGUUUUCCUGUCUGGCUUGGGUCUGCUGCUGGUGGUUGGGCUCCAUCAGCUUCUGGAAUCCAGGAAGAGACGAAGACCGGCACCCAAAGUGGAAAUGGGCACAUCAAACCAUAAUGACGUGGACAUGAGCUGGAUUCCUCAAGAGACCCUCAACCAGAUCAUGCAGAGCAGACGAGAUAAAGCCUCGCCCCGAAAGAGGACGCAGAAGAGGUCCGCCGGCUCCGAUGAGUGACGCUCCGCCCCGACCGACGCAUCAGACGCAACCGCCGCCCGAUCUUGUCACAAGGCACAGCGAGCCAGACGGGGAGGAGCCAACCAGCCACAUCUCUGAAAUUCACAGCCCCUCAUUGUUUUGACUUUAAGAAAUGGUUAAAUGGGCUUGUAAAGGUUUCCGCUUCCGUAGGAACACGACCGUCUCACUUUCGUGAACGGAUCCUAUAGCCAUCAUUUCAAUUUGUCCUCAUAGCGAGCAAAGUGCUGGUUGGUCCUGCUGAGGGACACAAAGGGUCGUUGUCUGUUGUGCUGCCCAACAAAACUGGAAAAAGCCGGGUGGAGAUGUGGUCCAGACUUUUUUUUUUUUUUUCUCUCCCCCCCUCUCUUCCCCCCCCUCCUUAAUAAAUAAGGCAAGUGAGAUUUGACAAACUACCACUGACAUGCCCAGGAGUUAAUUUCUUCCCUACUCGUGAAUUGAAAGCUUUGUGUGCAUGGAUGCAGGUAAUUGUUUUUAUGGGCUUCUCUGGUGAAAUGUUUGAAUAUUUUGGUAUGUGAGUAGGUUACAAACUGUGACAGACUGAGUCCAACCAGGUGUCCUGUCUAUAGUGUUCAGUGUGCCUGCUUUUUAUUAUUCUGUUAGAACAAUGUGACUUAAUGUAUUCCUUAAGAGGGCAACAAGGACAAGUGUAAAUUGAGCAUUUUAUGCUUGUUUUAUUUCCGUUUUGCAUAUUCCAGAACGCAUGGUUCCACUUAACAGAAGUGGCUGAAAGUAAGCUCUUCAUUUUUCAGUCAUGCAUUGACCUGUUUAUUAUUUUAUUUUGCAUGUCCUUUAAUUUAAAGUUUGUGGCUUGGUAUGAGCUGCACUUCCAGAUGAAUUUCAAGCUCUGCACCCCUUACCCCUUCAAAGGUCGCCCACCGUGGCUUUUACAUGCCGGCUGCAAAUUUAUU